GAGAGCAGCUGCACUGAGGGCUCCAGGAUGCGUGUCUUGGCUCUCCUUUGGAUACUCGGAUUCCUGCUUGAAGAAGUGCAGGCAUGGGGCUUCAAAAAUGGAAUUUUUCAUAAUUCAAUUUGGCUAGAACAAGCAGCUGGAGUUUAUCACCGGGAAUCACGCAAAGGAAGAUAUCAGCUGACGUACAAAGAGGCCAAGGCUGUCUGCAAGUAUGAGGGAGGGACACUGGCCACUUAUGAACAACUGGAGGCAGCUCGUCAAAUAGGCUUUCAUGUCUGUGCUGCUGGAUGGUUUGACAAAGGACGUGUUGGCUAUCCCAUCGUCAAACCCGGCUCCAACUGUGGUUUUGGGAAGGUCGGCAUAAUCGAUUAUGGAUACAGGCUGAACAAAAGUGAAAAAUGGGAUGUGUACUGCUACAACCCGUACUCCAAGGAGUGUGGCGGGGUGCUGACAGACCAGCAGAGGAUCAUUCAGUCUCCUGGUUUCCCUGAAGAGUAUCAGGAUGAACAGAUCUGCUACUGGCACAUCCGAGUGCGCCUGGGUCAGAAGAUCCGUCUCCACUUCCUGGAGUUUGAUGUCGAGGAUGACACAGCUUGUCUGGCAGAUUACCUGGAGGUGUAUGACAGCUACGAUGAUGUAUCAGGCUUUGCUGGGAGGUUCUGUGGCGAUUAUUUACCAGAUAAUAUAAUCAGCACAGGAAACGUGAUGACACUAAAGUUCCUCUCUGAUGCUUCGGUUACAGCUGGGGGCUUCCAGUUACAGUAUAUUGCUUUUAAUGCAUCUCUCCCACAAAAUUAAACCCACUCUUUUGACUAAUGGUUUGAUACACUGAUGUAAUCCUGUUGCUGUAUUUAUGACUUUAUUGGAUACCUCAUUUAUUUUAAUAAUUUUCUG